AUGAAUUUUCUGAACUCCAGUGGAUCAGAUAUUUAUUAUUAUAUUUCAGAAAGAUUUCCAAGAAAACAUUUGAGUCGUUUUUCGUGUCUAUUUUCUUUCCAUCUUACAACGAAUUAUUGUUUCCAUUUCCAGCCUUAUUCUUUAAACAUAGUUUUAGUAUUUAAACAUAACAUAAUCUAUCUAUCUAUCUAUCUAUCUAUCUAUCUAUCUAUCUAUCUAUCUAUCUAUCUAUCUCAUCUUUAUCUAUCUCAGGCUUCUCAUCUCUUAUCUCUUUAUUAUCUAUCUAUCUAUCUAUCUAUCUAUCUAUCUAUCUAUCUAAUCGUCUUAUCUAUCUAUCUCAGGCUUCUCAUCGUCUUAUCUCUUCUUUAUCUAUCUCAGGCUUCACACAGUCUUAUCUCUUUAUUAUCUGUUUAUCUAUCUCAUCGUCUUAUCUAUCUAUCUCAGGCUUCUCAUCGUCUUAUCUCUUCUUUAUCUAUCUCAGGCUUCACACAGUCUUAUCUCUUUAUUAUCUGUUUAUCUAUCUCAUCGUCUUAUCUAUCUAUCUCAGGCUUCUCAUCGUCUUAUCUCUUCUUUAUCUAUAUCAGGCUUCACACAGUCUUAUCUCUUAUCUAUCUAUCUAUCUAUCUAUCUAUCUAUCUAUCUAUCUAUCUAUCUAUCUAUCCUUGUUAUUUUCCUUCACUCUAG